UGACAGCCUGUAGAUUUUGCAACAAGUUCCAACCGCCCAGCUCCAAGCAUUUGGCAAGCAAUGCGGCUGCCAGGCUUUGAGACGAUACUGCGAACUCAUCUUCGAGUUGGAGUUCGACAUUGGGCAUCCGCAGCACAGACGGAGGGCUUGCAGUGUGGUGCCCAAACAAAUGCAGGCAAGUUAGCUGGCGCCAUCGUGGCACGAAUCCGCGAGAAAAGCAGGGUAUCCAUAGACACCGUUGGACCACAGGCAGGGUACACGGCCUUAAAGUCCAUCAUGAUCGCAGAGGAAUAUGCCAAGCAGGACUUCAAGGACAAAGUGCUAGUCGUUCGCCCUGAGAUGGUCAAGCUCGAACCAAGGGAGGCGCCGAGUGGCCGCAUGACGGAGACCAACGCGCCAAGCUGGCAGCACUUCGGGUUGCGCAUGCACGUGGCUGCAGCCGAUCAGUUCAAGGAGGUUCAGCAGGAGCUUGUUUAUUUCAGACGCGCUGUAAUUCGACAAGUAGACUUGGAGGUGCAGCCCUUUUGGAAGUCAAAGUGCAUGAAGUUCAGAUUUCGGAGCAGGUGCAGUGCCCUACAGACCUCGAUGUGGAGCGAGCUGCAGUGCGGGGACACCAACCCGGGCACCGCUGCCGGACUCCUUUCUCGCCUGGUGGAGUCCAAAGGCAUGCUGUGCUCUGACAGGCAUGGGUGCUGCAGCUACAUCCAAGGUUUACAAGGCUUUCCUCAUCACCGAGGACUACCUGCGAAGGAACAAGAGCCUGGGCGAUAAGGUGAUUGCCUUCCAUGCUCGAAAGGAUACCUUCAAGGCAGAUGCCGAGGAUCGCACCCGCUUGCUGCUCAGCUGUUGGCUGGUGCCAACGACGCUUUACGAGAGCUCCUAGUAUGGAGAAA